AACGGGGGGCAAAAGAUAGGGGGGAGAACCAAACCCUUACCCAGGCGCCAGGCAGGCGAGGAAGGCACCACCCCUCUCUCUCUCGUCUCCCCUCUCUUCCUCCUCCCGUCCUACGCCUUCUCCCCCACCCACGCCGACACCUCCCCCUCGCCCGCAAUGGCGCUAACCUCCCAAGGCAUCUCGCUGCGCUCCCCGCCCGCGGGCCCCCGCGGCCAAGGCGGGAGGCGCUCCUCCUCCUCCGUGCCCGCCGCCGCCGCCGCGGCCACGCGCGGCUGGGGGCAGCCCCACGCGGGGCAAGCCUUAUCCAUCUCGUCCGCCAGGUACGAAUCCGCCGCCCGUCCAUGGCGGGGAGGAGCCUCCUCCUCCGCCAUACGCGCCGCCGCUUCGACCGGCGCGCAGCCCGGCGGCGACCCGGUCCCCGCCGAGCCCAGAAUCGAGCUCCCCGCGGUAUUUACCCUCUUCUCCGAGGCCGCUAAGACCGGCGCCGCCUUCUUCAUCGCCUCGUCUGGCGCGGCCUUCCUCCUCGGCUCGUUUGGCGGGUUCGGCGGCGGCGGCGGGGGUCUCUUCGGCGGCGGCGGAUGGGGCGCGGGGGGCGGCGGUGCCGGCGGCGGCGGGGGUGGGGGCUUCUGGUCCCAGUUGUUCUCGGCCGGCGCGGCGAACGCGGACGACAAGUCGUCGGGGGAUUGGGACCCCCACGGGCUCCCGGUCAACAUGACGGUGCCGCUCACGAAGCUGAGCGGGCUGAAGAGGUACAAGCUGUCUGAGCUCAAGUUCUUCGACCGUGCUGCGAGUGGGGGCGGCUCCUACACGGGGCCGGAGGAUUCCUUCUUCGAAAUGGUCACUCUGCAGCCCGGUGGUGUGUACACCAAGUCGCAGCUGCUGAAGGAGCUCGAGACGCUCGUCUCCUGUGGCAUGUUUGAGCGGGUUGAUCUGGAGGUGAAGCCCAAGCCGGAUAACACCAUUGGUCUCACUGUCUCCUUUGUGGAGAGUGUGUGGAGUGCCGCAAAGCAGUUCAAGUGCAUCAAUGUGGGGCUCAUGUCGCAGUCGGGGCAGGUUGACUUCGACCAGGACAUGACGGAGAGGGAGAAGAUGGAUUACCUCCGCAAGCAGGAACGCGAUUACCAGCAGCGUGUCCGAGGUGCAAAGCCCUGCAUCUUACCAGAAACUGUACGUGGGGAGGUACUGGGAAUGAUGAAGAAGCAGGAGAAGGUGAGCGCCAGGAUGCUGCAGAAGAUCAGGGACCAUGUCCAGAAGUGGUACCACAACGAGGGUUUCGUAUGCGCCCAGGUGGUUAACUUUGGAAACCUUAACACCAAUGAGGUUGUGUGUGAGGUGGUUGAAGGUGACAUCACCAAGGUGGAGUACCAGUUCCAGGAUAAGCUUGGAAAUAUUGUUGAAGGGAAUACCCAGCUUCCUAUCAUAGACCGAGAGCUGCCGCAACAGCUUCGACCUGGCCACAUCUUUAACAUCGGAGCAGGGAAACAAGCUCUGAAGAAUAUAAAUUCACUUGCUUUGUUUUCCAAUAUUGAAGUGAACCCACGUCCUGAUGAGACAAAGGAAGGGGGUAUAGUAGUUGAAAUUAAGCUUAAGGAAUUGGAACCCAAGUCAGCUGAAGUAAGCACAGAAUGGAGUAUUGUACCCGGUCGUGAAGGCAGACCAACUUUGGCAUCCAUUCAACCUGGAGGAACUGUGUCCUUUGAGCACCGGAAUAUCUAUGGCCUAAACAGAUCAAUUGUUGGUUCUGUUACCUCCAGCAACCUUCUGAACCCUCAGGAUGAUCUUUCAUUCAAGCUUGAGUAUGUCCAUCCUUACUUGGAUGGUGUGGAUGACCGUAGUAAGAACCGCACAUUCAAAACUAGCUGCUUCAACACCAGGAAAUUGAGUCCUGUCUUUGUUGCUGGUCCCAACAUGGAUGAAGCUCCACCUGUUUGGAUUGAUAGAGUUGGAUUCAAAGCCAACAUAACAGAGAGCUUCACGAGGCAAAGCAAAUUCACAUAUGGGCUUGUGGUUGAAGAGAUUACAACGCGUGAUGAAACUAAUAGUAUCUGUACCCAUGGUUCUCGAGCAAUGCCUAGCGGUGGUUUGAGCAUGGAUGGACCUCCCACAACCCUCAGUGGCACUGGAAUUGAUCGGAUGGCAUUCCUACAGGCUAAUAUAACUCGAGACAAUACUGAGUUUGUAAAUGGUGCAAUUAUUGGAGACAGAUACAUUUUCCAGUUGGACCAAGGUCUUGGCAUCGGAAGCAAAAACCCAUUCUUCAACCGUCAUCAGCUUACUCUGACAAAGUUCAUCAAUUUAAAUAAGCAAGAGAAAGGUGCUGGCAAGCCACUACCAGCUGUCUUGGUUCUUCAUGGUCAUUAUGCUGGUUGUGUGGGAGAUUUGCCAAGCUAUGAUGCAUUUGCACUUGGAGGUCCUUACUCUGUUAGGGGCUUUAGUAACGGUGAACUGGGUGCUUCUAGGAAUAUUCUUGAGCUUGCUACUGAGUUGCGCAUCCCUGUAAGGAACACCCAUGUUUAUGCAUUUGCUGAACAUGGCACUGACCUUGGGAGUUCUAAGGAUGUGAAAGGGAACCCUACAGAAUUCUUCAGACGUGUUGGUCAUGGAUCUUCGUAUGGUGUUGGCGUCAAGCUUGGGUUGGUAAGGGGAGAGUACAUUGUAGAUCACAAUGCUGGUACUGGGACCAUUUUCUUCAGAUUUGGUGAGAGAUUUUGAGUGCAGUCAGAUAUUCGAGCAUGCCAUUUAGCACAGCUGAAUCCUGAAGAGAGAUGCUUGUGGAAUGUGAUAGGAUUCAUAUGGUAUUGGAGCUCUGCUGAAAUAAUGAAGCUUUGUUAUUUUCUGAGGAAGAGUGAUAGCAUAGUGUGAGACGAGUUUUUUUUUAUGUAGGAUGUAAGGUCAGGUAUUUAGGAGCUCGGAGCUCAUAAAAAAGAUGAAUGUUCAGAAAUAUUGACCCUGUCUCCUGUUUUUACCGUCAAUCUGGCAGCGCUUGUCACAUUGCCAAGUCGUUUUGCCACCUACCGUUUGUUCAGUUGGUUAUUACAGUUUUGCUCCAUUCUCA